ACCGUCUGCUCGAGGCCUGCAGACUCCUCCUCCCCGCGCGGCCUGAAGUUUGAUUCUAGCUCAGGCUGGCCAUCCGCCUGUCUCCCGGGUCGCCCCUCGCCGCCACUGGCGGCGGUUAUGGGGGAAGGGGCUCAGAUCUCUGAGACCCAGGGCGCCUCAGGAAGGGACGCGAGCGAGGGCCGUAGGCCUCCAGCGUGUUUUGUUGUGAUGAUGGAGCCGCUCCAGCCCGAGGGAGGGCCCGGGCCAAGCUGACAGUACAAAUGCCCGGGCUGCUCCCUGGUCCGGGAGUCUGUGUGUGCUUUAGUUCCGGGUGCGGGUGCUCUGGUGUGGAGCUGGGGUGGGAGUUGCCUGGGCCAGGCCCCCGUCGAGGCGGAGUUGGCUGCCUUCCAGCUUCCCUCCUCCAUGCCCUUGAAAAGGAGGAGCGUUUCACCCGGUGGUGGCGGCUUGUAAGGUGGCAGGUUUGAGGUUGCAGUGGUGGGGCAGCGUCAGCCAAAAAUAACCAUGGGACGCUGGAGUGGCUGGGAUCUGGGAGGGUAGACGCUGACCUGGCUGGCUGCUCUUCUUGUCAACCCAGUUCUCUGGCCAGGAACUGCAAAUGAGAAGUCAACUAGGCCUAUGCUCAGAGAAAAGGUGGCAUUCUUGGCCUGGUUUCCUUUACAUUAUCUCUUUCUUCCCUGUGUAAGAGCAGAGCCUUCUUGAACAUAAUUGUGACCCUUCGCUUCCUUAACCUAUCUGCUGGGGUCUCAGAGCUUCAGAGAUAAUUGAAGAGAAAUGGGAUCUAGAGCCUUGUCUGGGAAGAUAAUGAGGGACAUCUGGUAUUCCCAAUAUUUCCCCUACCUAGAAUGUGUUGAAGCAGAGGUUAUCUCCUCUCUGAUUACCUUGUGUGGUACUUUAUAGCUCUCAUCCCUGUCAUCUCCAUUGCCAAGUUGGCUGGGAGGUGUUGUCUCCCAGUUCUCAGGUAUGAUGACCAAGGCCUAGCGUCAUGAGGCCAGUAAGUGGCAGCACUGGGAUUUAGUUUGGGGUUUUCUACCCAGAGCGCUCUCUCCCCCUGGAAGGGACUUAUAAAAUAUCCUUUAUGUCCUAACAUAGACCCAGAGGUGUUGUCUGGAAUCUUUUUAACCUUGUUAAUGAAAAGCUGACUUCAUUAAUGCGUUUGAUCUAAAGGCGUGUGCUAGGCACUGUUAAAGAAGUAGCGUAAUUUAAUUCUCACAGAGCCCUAUCAGAGAUUACUGUCCCCUUGUUGCAAGAGAAGUUUGAAGGCCAGAGUAGUUUAAUAACUCGCCUGAAGGUACACAGCUAGAAGUGGUGGUGUCGGGACUCAGACCGAAAUCUGUCUGACUCUGAAUCUGUGCUCAGCCCACUAACAUGAACACGUGUGGGAAUAAGAAUCGUCUAGGUCCCAGGUCCACCCAGGUCUUUGGCCUGGUGUGGACCAGACCACAUUGUCCAGCUCUGGUGGUUUGCCUGCCUGGCCACCAGAGCAUCUUCCAUGUCACUUAGGGAGAUGUGAGAUACUGCCUUCAUUCCAUAACUUGGGCACCUGACCCAGGGUAAUUGCAGGAAAACAGUGAAACAUUAGCUGAUCGUCAAAACAGAACAGCAGUUUAAGCUCUUGAGGAGCUGUUGGUGAUUUUACAUAGUAUUUACCUCCAAGCGUUGCUGGGGCCUGGGCAGUAGAUAGAUAGGGGAAGAAACCUGCUGGUGGGAGAUCGAGAGCAGGGAUUUCCUCAGGAUCAUGGAGAAGCUCCCAGGGGUUUAGUCAGAUAUGCCUGGCUGCCCUGCCCAUCCACGGGGAGCUGGUUCAUUCUGCUCUCCUGACAGACCCUUCUCAUGAGAUGGGACAGCCUCAGUGGGUUUGUCCAAAUGUGCUUAGUCAGGCAAGCCCAGGACUGACCACCGUUGGAGGUUGGCUAAGGCCAAGUAAAGGGUUGGGAGGAAGGCUGGCCAGCGUUCUGGGUGUGGGUGGAACAGUGAGUUGGCCUCACAUAGCCAUCUUCCUCAGCUGGUGUCUGGUCCAGCCUGACAAUUUCCUGUGGUGGAUUUAAGUCCGUGCUGAACAGGGACAGUGAGGUAGGGCCCUUUUGGCCUGCCUCUCCGAGCACAGAAGCUUGCCAGACACUCAGCCCUCUGGCUUCUCCUGAGAUGAGCACAGGAGAGGGGACCAGAACAGGGGGUCUAGCAGCGGUGGUACGGUUGGAGGCGAGGCACUGGCUGGCAUGGCAUCUCAGCUGGUCGGAGGGUGCCCCAGGGGUCUUGGGCAAGAACCUUGGGUGCUCUGAGGAUGCUGGCCCCAGUGUGCUGGUGCUGAGACAGAGCGUGGAGCAGCAGGGGCUGGACGGACCCCCAGAUGCAUCACUGUAAGCGAUACCGCUCCCCUGAGCCAGACCCGUACCUGAGCUACCGAUGGAAGAGGAGGAGGUCUUACAGUCGGGAGCACGAAGGGAGACUGCGGUACCCGUCUCGAAGGGAGCCUCCGCCCCGGAGAUCUCGGUCCAGAAGCCACGACCGCCUGCCCUACCAGAGGAGGUACCGGGAGCGCCGUGACAGCGACACGUACCGGUGCGAAGAGCGGAGCCCGUCGUUCGGCGAGGACUGCUACGGGUCUUCCCGGUCCCACCAUCGCCGGCGCUCGCGGGAGAGGGAGCCGUACCGGGCCCGCAGGCACGCCCACCACUGCCGCAAACGCCGCACCAGGUCUUGUAGCAGCGCCUCCUCGAGAAGCCAACAGAGCAGUAAGCGCAGCAGCCGGAGUGUGGAAGAUGACAAGGAGGGCCACCUGGUGUGCCGGAUCGGCGAUUGGCUCCAAGAGCGAUAUGAGAUCGUGGGGAACCUGGGCGAAGGCACGUUCGGCAAGGUGGUGGAGUGCUUGGACCACGCCAGAGGGAAGUCUCAGGUUGCCCUGAAGAUCAUCCGCAACGUGGGCAAGUACCGGGAGGCUGCCCGGCUAGAAAUCAACGUUCUCAAAAAAAUCAAGGAGAAGGACAAAGAGAACAAGUUCCUGUGUGUCUUGAUGUCUGACUGGUUCAACUUCCACGGUCACAUGUGCAUCGCCUUUGAGCUCCUGGGCAAGAACACCUUUGAGUUCCUGAAGGAGAAUAACUUCCAGCCUUACCCCCUGCCGCACGUCCGGCACAUGGCCUACCAGCUCUGCCACGCCCUCCGGUUUCUACAUGAAAACCAGCUGACCCACACAGACUUGAAGCCAGAGAACAUCUUGUUUGUGAACUCAGAGUUUGAAACCCUCUACAAUGAGCACAAGAGCUGUGAGGAGAAGUCGGUGAAAAACACCAGCAUCCGGGUAGCUGACUUCGGCAGUGCUACCUUUGACCACGAGCAUCACACGACCAUCGUGGCCACCCGUCACUAUCGCCCACCUGAGGUGAUCCUUGAGCUGGGCUGGGCACAGCCGUGCGACGUCUGGAGCAUUGGCUGCAUUCUCUUCGAGUACUACCGGGGCUUCACGCUCUUCCAGACCCACGAAAACCGAGAACAUUUGGUGAUGAUGGAGAAGAUCCUAGGGCCCAUCCCAUCACACAUGAUCCACCGUACCAGGAAACAGAAAUAUUUCUACAAAGGGGGCCUGGUUUGGGAUGAGAACAGCUCUGAUGGCCGGUAUGUGAAGGAGAACUGCAAACCUCUGAAGAGUUACAUGCUCCAGGACUCCUUGGAGCACGUGCAGCUGUUUGACCUGAUGAGGAGGAUGUUAGAAUUUGACCCUGCCCAGCGCAUCACACUGGCGGAGGCCCUGCUGCACCCCUUCUUUGCUGGCCUGACCCCUGAGGAGCGGUCCUUCCACACCAGCCGCAACCCAAGCAGAUGACAGGCGUAGGCCACCCCACGAGCUGGAGCGCGGGACUGGGCUGCCCGGCCUUUUCUCCGACCUCCAUCGCCAGGCCUCAGGGCCAGAGCCACCCAGCGAACAGUGCAAUGUGAAGGAAGGCCGGAGCCUGCAGGGGACGAGACUUGAUGCCCAGCUGCCAGAAAGCACAGAUUUGACCCAAGCUAUUUAUAUGUUGUAAAGUUAUAAUAAAGUGUUUCUUACUGUUUGUAACCCCUGGUACCGGUGUGUCCGUCUCCAGGCUCCUUGCCUUCCCCUCCCCCUACCUUAUUAAUAAAGUCUUUCUUAGCA